AAAAUAUUUUGCUCUAUCAGUACAGAGUAUACAAGGAGCAAGCAAAGCGGAGAGAGAAAGGAAGUAGAAAAAAAUGGAAGCAACUUUACCUCACUCUUCCUUGAUUUCCAAGAUCACUCACUGACUCAGUCACUCCAUUGGAAUGAUAGAUUUGGUGGUCGGGAGUAGGGCAUUCUCUAGGUACACUGAAGCCAUUAUUCCUUGAUUCAGGAAGUGGACUUCUGGUUUAUGCGAUAUUCUUUCCUGGUCUUACAGCAAUGGGCAAAUCGCCAGGGAAAUGGAUCAAGGCUGUACUAUUUGGAAAGAAGUCAACUAAGUCUAAUGUUUCCAAAGGGAGAGAGAGAGCUUCUAAUGGAAAAGAGGUACUGAUUGCUGCCAAGGCAGCAGAAACUGAAGUUGCAUUGGAUCAAUCCUUAGCUCCAAAUUCAGUCAACAGCGCUGCUGAUAGAAGCAAAAGUAAGUCUGAAUUGGAGAACAAGAAUGCUGCAAGCAUAUCAGAUGAUGCAUUUUCAUUUCCAGAGACUAAACACACAGAUUUACAAGAAUCUCCAUCUCAAGAUGCGAGAUCUGACCCUCAGAAACUGCUGGAGGAGAGAGCUGCAACCACAGUGCAGGCUGCCUUUAGAGGUUACCUGGCUCGGCGAGCAUUUUGGGCCCUCAAAGGCAUAAUAAGGCUCCAGGCACUUAUCCGUGGACAUUUGGUUAGGAGGCAAGCUGUUGCUACUUUGUCUUGUGCAAUGGGAAUUGUAAAAUUACAGGCACUUGUUCGUGGAAGACAGGUGAGGCAUUCAGAUAUUGGGAUGGAAGUGCAGAGGAAAUGUGGUCUGAGACAGUCAAUGGAGGGCAAGCUUGUUGAUUCUGUUGGUGCAGAUGUUUCCUUACGAUUCAAGAAAUUCUUUGCAAAUGAUUUUGUUUCCAAGCUUCUUGCUUCACACCGACACCUUGAAAGUGGUCAAGCAGCUGAGGCUGAAAUUUCCCAAGCACCAUUAGAAAUGACUGAGACAUUGGAUUUGUCAUCUAUUGUUGAGCCUGUAGAUGAGUCAAAGCCUUUGGUUGAGAGCGAGAAUAAAGAUGAGAAUAGUCCAAAAACAAAUGGGGAACUGAACCAUAAGGAGGAUAUGAUCGGCAAUGAGAAUCAAAAAACAAGCAGAAAAGCUUCAGUUGCUGCAAAGCAAGAACGAGCAGAAAAUGGGAUUCAGAAUAGUCCUACACUCCCAAGCUAUAUGCAAGCAACUGAAUCAGCGAAGGCAAAGCUGAGACUGCAAGGUUCCCCAAGAUCUGCACCCCAAGAAGGGACUGAGAAAAAUAAUGUUGCUCGACGACAUUCUCUACCUUCAUCAACUAACAGCAAAAUCAGCUCCCAGUCACCAAGGACACAGAGAGUGGUACAUGCAGCUGGAAAAGGUGGGAGUAAAGGUGAAAGGGCCACGUUAGCAUCGCGAGAUGGAAACGCUAAGGUGACCCAAGUAGAAUGGAGAAGGUGAUUUCCCGGAAGUCUAAAGAAGUUAGUGAAAAGGGGUAACUCAUAUCUGUAGUCUAUUGUUCUUUAAUGCACCUGUUUUUUUUUUUUUUUUUUUUUUUUAAAGAUUAUCCUUUGUUUAAACCAAGUAAACUUGAGUCCGUAGAUGCAGGUGUGUGGUGGCAGAGAGCCUUGUCACUUUUCUACAUUUGGUGGUGUUUGUUGAGUGAAUGUACAUCAUAGGUUCUAAAGAUUCAUUUUGUGAUAACCAUAUGUUAAUUUUAAAUAGUGGUUGAUUUCUACGUUA